AAAACCCUCACAAAGUCUCCCCUUUUCUUCCUCUUCUUCUUCGUCAUAUUGAACUCCGCUCCCAUCCAACGUAGGCAAGAAAUCAUUUUUUCAGAAAUGUAUUCAUGUGCUCCACAUUUCACUUCUUUGAAAUUCUCUGAAAUGUUCUACCCUAAGAUUAUAAGCUCUAUUUGUUCGCCAAAGGCGGAUUUUAAAGUAUUUGCUUCUGCAUCAAAUGUUAAUGAGGCGCCCAAUUAUAUACCAGCUGCUCCUAUUCUUCUCCCUGAUGGUGAUGGAGUUUGGAAGCAGAUUCCGGGAGGAGUUACGGCUGCUAAGGGAUUUAAAGCUGCGGGCUUAUAUGGUGGAUUACGGGCCAAAGGAGAAAAACCUGAUCUUGCGCUUGUCACCUGUGACGUUGAUGCCAAUGUUGCAGGGGCAUUUACUACAAAUGUUGUUGCAGCAGCACCGGUGGUGUAUUGCCAAAAUGUGUUGAAUAAUACGAAAACAGCACGUGCUGUGUUAAUAAAUGCUGGACAGGCCAAUGCUGCAACGGGUGAUGCUGGUUACCAGGAUGUGAUAGAAUGUGCAAAUGCCCUUGCUACGAUCCUGCAAAUAAAGCCAGAGGAAGUAUUGGUUGAAUCCACUGGUGUGAUUGGUCAGAGAAUAAAGAAGGAAGCACUUUUGAGUUCCCUCCCAAGGCUAGUUAAUUCACUAUCACCGUCUAUUCAGGGGGCAGAUUCUGCUGCAGUGGCAAUUACCACAACUGACCUUGUUAGCAAGAGUGUGGCUAUUGAAUUUGAGGUUGGAGGGACUAGUAUAAGAAUUGGGGGAAUGGCCAAAGGUUCUGGGAUGAUCCACCCUAAUCUGGCAACCAUGCUUGGUGUAAUAACAACUGAUGCCCUUGUUGAAAGUGAUGUCUGGAGAAAGAUGGUUCAGGUUGCUGUAGGCCGCAGUUUCAACCAAAUCACUGUUGAUGGAGAUACCAGUACCAAUGAUACUAUCAUUGCUUUUGCCAGUGGGUUAGCUGGAUCGAAUUGGAUCACUUCUAUGAACAGUUACGAUGCUGCACUACUUCAAACUGGUCUUGAUGCUGUAAUGCAAGGCCUUGCAAAAUCAAUAGCUUGGGAUGGAGAAGGAGCAACUUGUUUAAUUGAGGUCACGGUAAGUGGUGCAAAAGGGGAGGCUGAAGCAGGAAAUAUUGCACGCUCUGUGGCUGCUUCUUCACUUGUCAAGGCCGCUGUAUAUGGGAGAGACCCGAACUGGGGACGUAUUGCUGCUGCUGCUGGCUAUGCAGGGAUUUCUUUUAAUCUAAACAACCUCCAGAUACUGCUUGGGGAUAUUAUGCUCAUGGAUGGUGGGCAACCACUUGAAUUUGACAGGACCGCAGCCAGCAACUAUCUCAUUAAGGCUGGUGAGACACAUGGAACGGUGGAAAUUAAAAUUGCUGUUGGUGAUGGACCUGGAUUCGGUAAAGCAUGGGGGUGUGACUUAAGUUACGACUAUGUCAAGAUAAACGCAGAAUAUACAACAUAAAAGACAUCGUUGCAGAAUAUACAACAAUACUCAAAAUUUUAACUGCAAAUUAUAACCUGCAUUUCCUCCAUAUAUGUUCUUCAGUACACUGUUUUUAGACCAUGUUUACACGCAGGGAAAUAUUUGAUGGGGCAAUAGACUGGGAAUCAACCUUUAAUUUCUUCAAA